AGAACCUGUGGAACACCAUGGUUAACUUUGGUGAAAACCAGUUUAGGGCAGUUCCCUUAAUUCCAAUGAACUUUUCUAGUCUCUGUAAUAAAAUUUGAUGAUCAAUAGUGUUGAAUGCUGCACUGAGAUCUAAAAGGACGAGGACAGACACAAACAUCUGUAGCUAUUAGAAGGUCAUUAGUGAAUUUAACCAAGACUGUCUCCGUGCUGUGCUGGGUGGCAAUACGCUCUGUUUGAUGAAUUAAAAUAAAGUAUAAUUUAUUAUCUGCGCACAUUUAGGAUGAUCCAUUAAAUCAAAAUUUAAAGUAAUCGGACUGAUCAUCAGCGAUCUUUGUGGGACUUAUGAAUUCUUCAUAGAAUGUUUGAUUUCUUUGUGGAUCACGUUCUUGGCUGAGAUGUGUAUGCGUCAGUAUUAACCCAAACCCCAAAAUAGAUGUUUUUAUCCAUUUUUAAUCUGCAGUUUUAGAGAUAACUUCCAAAUCUUGAUUGUCUUAUGUGUAUGUUUUAACUUACUGUAAUUUUUUUUACUGUUGGAUGUUCAGAUCCAUAACUCUAACCCAUAUUGUUCCUACAUCCCUGCUAAUGGAGGUUUUUGACACUGUAGGUGCUACAGUCUCAUUCUUAAAAGCAGUGGAUGUAGUGGCUCUAAUCUUAACCCUUCAUAGAAUGUUUGAUUUCUUCUUGGUACACUUCAAUUCAUGUGUAUCAUCACGUGUUUCUGAACCUGACACAUGAUGAACAUGUUUUUUUUCUUUCAGAAUCCAUCAUUGAUCAGAGUCUGUCAGAGAAACAUGAUCAACAUGAUCUUCAUCUUCAUCAUUUUUCUUCCAGUGAGUCAGCUCCAGGACCUCCAGGACCAGUGUCCUGGCAGCUCGUGUAGUCCUCAGCUGGGUGACCUGAUGGUGGGUCGAGCUGCUCAGCUCUCAGCCUCAUCAACCUGUGGUCUGGAUGGAGCUCAGAACUACUGCAUCAUCGGAUACUUGGAGGAGGAAAAGAAAUGUUUCUCAUGUGACUCACGUCUGCCGUACAAUCGCUAUAGCAACCCAAACAGCCACCGCAUCGAGAACAUCAUCACAACCUUUGACCUUGAAAGAAAAACAAAAUGGUGGCAGUCUGAGAACGGUGUUCAUCAGGUCAGUAUCCAGUUCAAUCUGGAGACCGUGUUCCAGUUCAGCCACUUGGUUCUCACCUUCAAGAGUUUCCGUCCAGCAGCCAUGUUGGUUGAGCGAUCGAAGGAUUUUGGACAAACGUGGAAAGUUUUUCGUUAUUUUGCAGAAGACUGUUCACUUCAUUUCCCUUCAGUGUCCAAUGAGGCGGCUGACAGUGUUGAUGACAUCAUCUGUGACAGUAGAUACUCUGGAUCAGAACCGUCCACCAAUGGAGAGGUGGUGCUGAAAGCGCUGGAUCCAAUAUUUGAAAUACGAAACCCGUAUGCACCAAAUAUCCAAGAUCUGAUCACUUUGACUAAUAUCCGGGUGAACUUCACUCGUCUCUUCACGCUCGGUGACACUCUGCUGAGUCGAAGACGCAGGAACCCUCUGAAUAAAUAUUACUAUGCUCUUUACAACAUGGUAGUCCGAGGAAGCUGCUUCUGUAACGGACACGCCAGCAGGUGCACACCUGUGGACGGACGACAUGGGGAUGUCUUCACCCAAACUGGCAUGGUUCAUGGUCGUUGUGUUUGUCAACACAACACAGCUGGAAACAACUGUGAGAGAUGUCAGGACUUUCACCACGACUCCCCCUGGAGGCCGGGAGGAGGAGACACAGCUGGCAUCUGCAGGAGGUGUAACUGUCAUGGUCACUCAGACUCUUGUCACUUCGACGACAUUCAUUUUGAAGCGACGGGUGGCAUUAGCGGUGGCGUGUGUGACAACUGCCGCCAUGACAGGAUGGGUCCUCACUGUGAACAGUGUCGACCUUUUCUAUUUCAGGAUCCUCAGAGAGCAAUGGACGACCCUCACGCCUGCAUACCUUGUGACUGUGAUGCAGCAGGAGCUCAUGGCGGCGGUCUCUGUGAAGCUCAGACUGGUCAGUGUCUCUGUAAAGAAAACGUGGAGGGUCGACGCUGCGAGCACUGCAAACAUGGCUUCUUCGGCCUGAGGCAGGACGACCCGGCCGGUUGUCAGGUGUGCAGGUGUCAUGCUUUGGGAAGUGUUGGGUCAUGUGAUCAGCUGACAGGAAGUUGUGAAUGUGACAGUUUGGCGAGCGGCCCGCUGUGUGAUCGAUGUCUGGAAGGUUUCUGGGGUUUAGGAAACUCAGCGAUCAGAUGUUCGCCAUGUGACUGUGACGUCGGAGGAGCUCAAAGCAUCAUGUGUUCUCCAGAGGAUGGACAGUGUAGCUGUUUACAAAACAUGAUUGGUCGACGCUGCUCUGACCCCGCCCCUGGUUUCUUCCUACCUUCACUUGACUACUUCCUGUAUGAGGCAGAGCUCGCAGCUCCACUUCCUGGAGGAAGCCGUUCUUCUACUGAUGCUCCAUCAUCUUCUUCUUCUCUGUUGAAUCCAGGUGUGUUACCUGAGUGUGAGAAAUCUUACAGAGAGCAGGGUUUUGACUUUAAAUUCACCGACGGACGAGUGGUUUUGGUUCGGAGGACUCGUCGACUCACCCGCAGGAGGAGACAGGGGCAGAUUAUCCCCCGUCAGAAGACACGUGAUCAGCCAGUCACCUGGACCGGCCUGGGAUUGGUCAGGGUGUUAGAGGGGGCUGGGCUUCGAUUCACUGUGGAUAACCUACAAUCAUCAAUGGGUUACCAAUUAGUGAUUCACUUUGAAACAGAGGCUCUGUCUGAUUGGCUGGCUUCAGUUAGCAUCAUCAUGAUGUCACCAGGUGACGGUGGCUGCAGUAACAACCCAACAGGAAGUGAAACUCUGAUUCUUCCUGGAAACUCCAGAGGACGUGGUCUGGAUUCUUCAGUGUGCCUGAAUGCAGGAGGUCGUUACUUUGUUGACGUCGUCUUUAACAAACAGUCUGGAUCUGAUGGAUCUCACAUCCUCAUUGACUCGAUAGGUCUGAUUCCAAGAAUAGAGUCUGUCCAGAACUUCUGCUCUCAAAGUGACCUUGAAUCGUUCCGCCACUUUCGUUGCAUCGGAUUGGCUGCUGAGCUCCAACCACAUGACUCACUCCCAGAAGUCUGUGAGGGACUGAUCAAGAGCAUGUCAGCACGAAUCCACAACGGAGCAGUUCCUUGCAGGUGUAACUUCAUAGGCUCUCUAGGACCAUCUUGUAGUAAACUAGGUGGGUUCUGUGAAUGUAAACCCAAUGUGAUGGGCCGUUGCUGUGAUACCUGUGCACCAAUGACAUUUGACUUGGGACUCAACGGCUGCAAAUCGUGUGGGUGUGACGCUCGUGGUUCAGUGGCGCAGCUGUGUGAUCAGGUCAGAGGUCAGUGUGCGUGUCGGUCAGCCGCGACGGGGCGACGUUGCAAUCACUGCCACACAGGAUUCUGGGAUUUCCCCUUGUGUCGACCCUGUGAAUGUAACAAUCUAUCUGAGACGUGUGCUGAAGAGACCGGGGAGUGUCUGAACUGCAGGGAACACGCCACCGGAUCGCACUGUGACAGAUGUGUGGAGGGUUACUAUGGAAACCCCGUCUCCAGACAGCCCUGUCAGCCCUGCUUGUGCCCAGACGUUAAGUACAGUGGACAAUUCUUUGCCACUUCCUGCCAACAUGACCCACAAUCCCUCAGUCUGACCUGCAUUUGCCAGGAGGGGCACACAGGUUCACGAUGCAACAGAUGCAGCCCUGGUUUCUAUGGAGACCUGACGUUGCCAGGUGCCCGUUGUGCAGAGUGUCCCUGCAACAACAACAUCGACCUGGGCGACCGCAACGCCUGCAACAGCCUGACAGGUGAAUGUCUGGGCUGCCGCCACAACACGGUGGGACCACGCUGCCAAAGCUGCAAACUUGGUUACUAUGGAAACGCUCUGGUCCAAGACUGCAAAGAAUGCUCCUGUGACCGGCGUGGGACGGAGGUGACUCGUUGCCCUCUGGGGAGUUCUUGUUUCUGUGAUCCAAGUACAGGACAAUGUCCGUGCAGGACGGGUGUCGUGGGAGUCCUCUGUGGCCAAUGUGAGGAUGGAUACUGGAACCUGGACGGACCGUCAGGAUGUCAGCCCUGCAGCUGUGAUCCUGUCAACUCCUUCUCCAACAUCUGCAACAAGGUGAUGGGACAGUGUCCAUGUCGUCCUGAGUUUGGAGGGAGACAAUGUGACGAAUGUGGAGAAAAUCAUUUUGGGAAUCCAGACCUGCAGUGUAUCUCUUGUGACUGUAACCUGGAGGGAACCAAGCGUCCAUCAUGUGACCCUGAAACCGGGGAGUGUAUCUGUCGAACUGGAGUCACCGGUAUCUUCUGUGAUGAGUGCGCCCUCGGCUACAGCUCGGCAUUCCCAGCGUGCGAGGAGUGCCACCCGUGCACCGCUCUCUGGGCUGAAAGUGUCACGGAUGUCCAUCGAGCAGCACAGAAGAUGAGAACCUUCAUCCCUCGCCACGGCAAAGACCUGCGGCCUGGAGAGAGUCACCCCCGGCACCAGAUGCUGCAGAUGCACUCCAAGCUGGACAGCCUCACCAAUCUGACAGGACUGUCAUUGCAGAAGUUGGAGAAGGUGGAAAAUCUUUGUGUGAGGAUUGGGAAGUUGAAAGAUGCCGUUGAUCCAAACAUGAUCCUGAUCGAUCCGUCUCCUCUUCUCGACACCGAAAUGGAAAACAUUCGUCAGGAGUUUAAGAAGCUGCUGAAAAGUGUGAAGGAGAAUGUGAUGGAGCUCCCACAUGAAGAAGAAGAAGAAGAUGCGGACGAGCUGCUGGACGAGAUCCAGAAGAUUCUGACACGUUUCAUGUUGGAUGAGAAAAGAGUAAAAAGUGCAACCAAAGCUUUAGACGACUCCGUGGACAUCAGACAGGAAGUGAAACACAAACUGAGCGUGUGCGGCAGCAGAGGAGACGUGACGCCAGUGGAGAAGAAGAUCACAGAGCUCAGCGUGGUCAACCUAAACCGACAGAUCUGUGGAAGACCAGGUCUGGACAACUGUUCUGGAUGUGGUGGAGCUCUGUGUGUUCUGGCUCCAGGGCAAAGGAAAUGUGGAGGUUCAAGCUGUGACGGAGUCGUACCCAUCAGUCACCACGCUUCAGAACAAUCAGAGAGAGCGAAGGAACAACUCCUGUCACUCCCAUCGAGACUUGAGGAGUCCAAGAACAAGAUGAACAGCAUGAAACAGGCAGCCCAGGACUCCAAAGACCAGGCUAAAAAUCUGCACGAGCGGAUCAACGAGCGACUCGACACCUUCGAAAGAGAGAAGAACAAAACCAGGGAGCUGAUCCAGCAAACCAAAGACUACCUGAUGGAUGAGAUGGUUCCUAUUGAAGACAUCGAGAAAAUGGCCAGAGCUGUUCUGAACAUCCAGCUGCCACGAUCCCCUGCUCAGAUCAGAUCAAUGAUCAAUGAAAUCAAUAAUCUGCUCUCAAACACUGCACAUGUCCAGGAUGAGCUGAAGAAGCUGGAGGAGCCUGUGAGGAGAACCAAGGACCUGCUGCAGAAAGCUCAGGAAGUCCAGGAGAGGACAAAGGACAUGGAUUGGACAGAGAUCAGCAGAGACACUUAUGAAGCUGAGAGAGCUCAGGACAAAGCCAACAAUGACCUGGAAACAGCCAACAGAGACAGAGACACGACCAAAGCUCAAGUCCAAGAUAUUAAAGACAAAUUGAACAAGUUUGAGACGAAUCUGAUGAAUAAUCGACCUGAAGAUCUGAGAAACCAAAUUGAAGCCCUGAAGAAGAAAACGGAACAAAACAGAGCGGUGGCCCAAGAGGCUCAGGAGGCUGCUCAGUCAGCCAUUAAUACGACAAUGAAUUUGGACAAUGUGAUGACAUUUUUUGAGGUUUUGAAGCAAAGAACCUCGAAUCAGUCGGCUCAGGGUGAAGCUGGAGAACGACUGAAGAAGAUUAUAGAGGAGGUGGAGAACUUGAAAAGACAAAUGGAGGACAAACUCAGAAAUAUACAAGGUGUGGAGCAGAGGAUCCAGCAGUUGAUCAGAAGAAAAGAGAACAAAUCUGCUGAAGUUUCUCAGAUGUUGGAAACAGUUGAAUCUUUACGACAGGAAAUCUCCAAACGAGCCGAAGUUUACGCCUCCUGUACUUCAUAAAUAUUACAGAAUACUACAUACUGAAAUACAGCUGUGCUUCAUGAAUACUACAGAAUACUACAUACUGUAAUCAAGCUGUACUUCAUAAAUACUACAGAAUACUAGAUGUUAACAAUUGUCUCACUUUAAUCUUCUACAUCUUUAUUAAAAGAGAUUUGUUUGUUUGUUUUCAGUUUAUUUCUGAAAUGUAACCAGAAACAUUUAAAGACACUUUUUUAAUAAAACUGACAAGAACAUGUCUCUGCAGGUCA